AGGCUUGAGCUCUUGUAUCAAACUGUCUUCCAUAACGAUUGCUCAUGCAGUUCAGAGGCGCAGCCUUGAACGGAUAUCACUUGGCGCUCAGAUAGCCAGAGUCUUCUCAGCGCGUGCUCAUCCGCCAUUGCAAUUUCGCAGUUCCGGUGAUAUAUCGGAUUUCCCGAAGGACACCCCCAGAAAGAAACACCGUUCCCUGUCGAUACGAAACUCGUCCGCAAAGAAAAGAAGAACUUGGUUCAAGAUGAAGAUCGCAGUCGAGGGAUGUUGCCAUGGCCAGCUUGAUAAUACAUACGCGGAAAUAGCGAAACACGAGCGAGAAGGCAGCUAUAAGGUGGACCUACUUCUAAUAUGUGGUGAUUUUCAAGCGGUGCGCAAUCGAGGCGAUCUCCGGUUCAUGGCUGUCCCGGACAAAUACAAGAAACUUGGCGGCUUCCAUCGUUAUUACACCGGCGAGGCAAAGGCGCCCGUAUUGACCAUUGUCAUUGGUGGUAACCAUGAGGCGAGCAACUACAUGUGGGAGCUAUAUCAUGGUGGAUGGCUUGCUCCGAACAUAUACUACCUGGGAUCCGCUGGUAGUGUGUUGGUGAAUGGCUUACGCCUGGCUGGUAUCUCCGGAAUCUACAAGCCAGAUCAUUAUACAAUGGGCCAUCACGAGCGAUUUCCCUACAAUUCAAGUCAUAUGCGAUCCAUUUACCACACACGCAUUUAUGACGUCCAGCGCCUCAUGCUCCUAGAGUCACCCGACAUCUUUAUCUCUCAUGACUGGCCGCUCUCCAUCGAACAACAUGGCGAUACCCAAGGUCUUCUCCGGCAUAAGCCGUUCUUCAAGGAAGAGAUCCGAACCAAUACUCUUGGCUCGCCGCCGCUACUGCAAUUACUCAAUACCAUCCGCCCCCAACGAUGGUUUGCAGCUCACUUGCAUACUCGCUUCGAGGCGGUUUACAAACAUGACGCUCCAACCAAAACUGUGGCAAUGCCUGCUGUGGCAGAACCAGGGACUAAUCCCGACGAAAUCAUCCUUGACGAGGACAUGGAUGAAGGAGAUCGGAAGAUUGAUGCUGAAAUCAAAGGCGAGGCCUCUGCUCGAACGAUGUCCGAGAACCCCGAUGAAAUCGCCCUGGAUGAUGAGGAAGAUGCAGGUAAUCAGGAGGCUGAUGGAGUUUUUGGUGUCAAGUCCACGGAAACGUGUCCAGCACCGUUACCACCGCCAACGCGAGAAUCGACGCAGUUUUUGGCCUUGGAUAAGUGUCUACCGAAGCGCAGAUAUUUAGAAAUCGUUGAUGUGGACACACCUAUACCGAUUGGGCCGCAUGGUCCACUGAUGACUUUCAAUCCUCAAUGGUUGGCAAUUAUGCGGGCUGCCUUCCCAUACCUUUCACUGGAGGCACAUCAACAAGCUAUGCCCGAUUUGAAUACCAUGAAGACAGAAGUCGAACGUGAGGGAAAGUGGAUCAAAACCCAUCUGACCCGCGGAGGGACAAUCCCUGUGACGGAUGUGCAAGAAUUCAAGAAGACUGCGGUCGGUGGGACCGCCCAACCAAGAGGAAUACAUUGGUAUACUAAUCCCCAAACCGAGGCGUUAUGCAGGCUGCUGGAAUUGGAGAAUGUCAUCAAUCCGCCCCCCGCCACUCUCACCACUUCCAGUAUCCCGACUGAAACUGAUGCGCCGAAAGCAGAUGUAUCUGUAGACGCGGUCUAG